CGUACCGUUCAUUGUUAUUUAUUAUAUUAGUAUAAAUCACGCGAUAACGUCAUCACGAAAUGCAACAAGACGACGGUAAGGAUUGCAACGCCACAGCCAUCACUGAUCUGCAGACGACYCGCGAGGAUCACAAGCUGCAGUCGUACGACGAAGAUGUAGACAAACUGAUCGAGUGGUUGAGGGAAAUGCCUCAUUUGCCGAACAUCACCGGUGAGCACGACGCCGCCCGUAUAAGCGACAAUUUGACAUUUUUCCCGUACAAACUGAUACAKGUCCACUUCAUAAACGUACCAUCGUAUGCAGCCGUGGUGUUCAAUAUUUUAAAAUCUCUGGUUCCCAAAAAAAUUCAAUCUCGUAUAUUUAUGCACAAUAACCCAUUGGAUGUACUUCAACAUAUCCAAAAAGAAUGUGUUCCAUCAGAUUUCGGYGGUAGCGAUAAAUCCAUCAAAGAACUGGGUGAAUUCUGCAAGGAGAACAUCAUCGCGGAAAGAGAUAUGUUCGUCAACGGAAUACUUUCGUUGAAAGCGGACAUGGACAGAAAGCCGAAAGACACGAACAGCAACGAACAUUCGGAGCUCUUCGGGUUUGACGGAAACUUCAAGCAAUUGAAUAUCGAUUAAAAAAUAAAAAAAUUUCGGUUUAUCCCAAUACCGAUGGAUGCUGUUUAAAAAAUGCAUUCAAAAUAUACUCACAAUAUUAUUCUCUCAAUAUUACAACGACAAUAGUUAGUUUGUAUGCUCAAUAAAAAUAUUAAAAUUACGA